AGACACUACAGUUGACUCCGUGUUAACUGGACUCUAGUUUUAAUCGUGUCGGGACAAAUUUUAUACAAUAUAGUCGUUCAAAAGAUAUGAAUGAGGACCACGUCGUUCUCCUUCGAGGUCCUGGCCCUGAUUCUACUCACGCUGAUACCGUGGCCGGGACCCUCCGUCUUCAAGAUCACCUGUCCUCGUGACAACUCCAAAAUCGUAAGAAAAGUCAUACAAAACAAAUGGUUGCCGGUUUUAGAAAGAUUUCAGGUGAAGCUGCCGCUGGAGUGUCCGUUCCACCCCGCGCGCGACAUCUUCGCGCCGCAGCACGCGGCCAAGCUGCAGCACAGGCCGUCGCAGUGGACCUGCGCCUUCUGCGGCAAGUCCUUCUACGAGGAGCGACACCUCGACACGCACUUCGACCAGCGACACAAGAACCAGAUUAACAAAGCGGAGGACGCAGUAUGCCUGGCGGACUACUGCGACAUAAUGCGGUGCGGUGUGCUGGUGGCGCACGGGCUGCUGAGCGCCGGCAGCGCGCCCGGCACCGACGUCGAGGUGUGGCAGGACGGCGACGCGGCCCGCAAGGCGCUCGCCCCCGCCGCCAGCCGGCAGGUCGCUAAAGUCCGCCGCCGCCACCGCCCGCCGCCGCCGCCGCUGCCCGACUGCCCCAAGACUGAUCAUGUAGAAGACCCAGAUGCAGAACCUAAGCCCAGAGAAGACAGCGACGGCGACGGCGACGCAAACCAGACAGUAGAGCUGUGCGACGCGGACACGGUAGAGUCGUCCCUGCCGCCCGACAGCCGUCAGAAGAAGCUGGCCGACCUGCAGGCCGAGCGGGCCGCCUGCGACCCCGCACACCUACAGGGGCUCAAGGUGCGGUGUGAACGAAUAGUGCACUCCUGCAUAUCGACACUUAUUCUACACCUCACGCAUCAUCAGUUUGUAGAACUUGAAGAGGAGAUGCAGCGCGCUGUGUGCUGGUACCUGAGCUGCGACCGCUACUGGGAGGACACAACGCCGACCGCGCGCGCCUUCCCCUGGCCGCUGCUGCUGGCGCUGGCUACUGGCCUCGCGCUCGCGCUCUGCAUGUGCUACUACAUCAUAUGGAUUGUGUUCGACUCCGAGGAGAGCAGCGUGGCGGGCAGCGCAUCAGUGUCUCUGACGACGCAUUCGUCGCCGGCGCGCGCAGGGCUGGCGGCCGACGACGCGCUCGACGACGACGACCACUACAUCUACGUCACCUACCCGCCCGAGCUCAAGCGCCGCCUGCUAGAAAGCUGCUACAAUAGAACGACCCGACUCUGAGACGCGAAAGCUCUUCUGUCUGGAUCGUGCAUGGUUUUACACUAGACCAGUAGAAUGUAGACUGACUGGCGCAGAUAGUGUUUGUGGAUGGUUCUGUACUUUAUACUCAAAACCAGUGACGGAUUAACCCAUAAUCGAAUUU